AUGGCUUCAAAUCUAGUUUUUUUGACAAUUCCAGGUUGUGACAAUGUCAUUGCCCACAGGGCUUAUUUCUCACGCAACUCGCGUCAAAAGCCUUUACAAAAAAGCCCUACGAAACCUGGAAUCGUGGUAUGACCGACGUCACGUUUAUCGCUAUUAUGCCGUUUUAAUGCGUGCAAGAUUCGACCAAAACAUCAAGAUUAAAGAUGCAGCAAGUGCAAAAAGACUCGUAGAAGAAGGCGAAGAGGAAUUAUUCAAAAAUCAGCAUUGGCACAUCCGGAAAUUCACCAAUUCUCCCGGAGGUACGGCCUAUUUGAGGGAAGUGACACCACCUGAUUGGAUUAUUGACUAUUGGCACCCCUUGGAAAAGGCGCAAUAUCCGGAAUAUUUCGCAAGAAGGGAGGAGAGGAAAAGAGAGUUUGUGAAAUUCUGGCAGAAGCAAUUCCAGGAUAAGUAGUGUUAAAUAAGAUUAAAAAAAUAAAGCACAAAA